AUGUUGCUCGACUUGCACCUCGUUACUUGGUCUUUGUAUUCUCUUGUUCCGAUCCUUAUUCCCGGCCUGCUGGUGGCGUACUACGUUGCAGGAUACUUUGACCGGUGGCAUCUCCGUGACAUCCCAGGACCCUUUAUUGCUGGCUUCACCAGGAUCUGGCUUAUUCUACAGGUUCGUCAGGGGCGUCGCUCCUUGGUCGUUCACGACCUACAUAGACGGCACGGUAGGAUUGUCCGCCUGGCUCCGAACCAUAUCUCUGUCGCAGAUGAGUCAGCCAUUCAAGCCAUAUAUGGACAUGAUAAUGGAUUUCUCAAGAGCGACUUUUACAAUGCAUUCCUGAACGUUGACUGGAGCAUAUUCACGACCCGCAGUCGUGCCGAACACACUCGCAAGCGCAAGAUCGCCUCCCACGCAUUUAGCGCGAGAUCUCUAGCCCAAGUCGAACAAUACGCGCACAACAAUGUGCAGCUUUUGGUCAGACAGUGGCGCAAGAUGAUUGAUUCACAUGAAGGUCCAGACGAUUCGUAUGCAGUGAUCGAUGCUCGUGUAUGGUGUAAUUAUCUAACAUUUGAUAUCAUCGGUGACUUGGCAUUUGGUGCACCGUUUGGAAUGCUGGAGAGGGGAAACGCUACAGUGUCUAUACCGAAAGUGCCAGACGGUCCAGAAGUCACCAUUGACGCUGUGGAACUCCUUAAUCGUCGUGGUGAUGUCUCUGCCACUCUUGGGAUCUGCCCAGCUCUUAUUCCCUAUGCCAAGUGGUUGCCUGAUCCCUUCUUCCGCCAAGGUGUGGAGGCUAUCUCCAAUUUAGCUGAUGUAGCUGGAGCGGCAGUCGACACGCGUCUUGACAUGAAAGUGUCAGUGGCGGAGAAACGAGAGGAUUUUCUCACUCAUUUGAUUGACGCGAAAGAUCAAGGUGGCUCAAAAUUGGGUCAUCAAGAGCUCACUGGCGAGGCGGUGACCUUGAUAGCAGCUGGGUCCGAUACCAGCUCUAGCACAUUAUGCGCCCUUUUGUACUGGGUUUCAAGCACUCCACGUGUAUUGUGGAAACUCCAGAACGCUUUGGAUGAAGCCAUUCCCGCUGAUGUUGAGGUCCCACAUCUGUCAGCGGUAAAGAAAAUCAUUUAUCUUCAAUGGGCUGUUUGGGAGACGCUCCGUAUCCAUAGCACCUUUGGCCAAGGCCUCCCACGCGAGGUUCCCACCGAGAGAGGGCUUGUUGAGAUAUGCGGCCACAUUUUCUAUCCGGGUGAUGUUCUCUCUGUGCCGGGAUACACUAUGCAUCAUUCAGCGGAUAUUUGGGGUAUUGAUGUGGAGGACUUCGUUCCAGAGCGUUGGGACCCACGUCGCCUCACCCAAAGACAGAAGGACUCAUUCAUUCCUUUUAGUGAAGGCCCUCGCGCCUGCAUUGGCCGCAACCUGGCUGAGAUGGAGUUGUUUGUGGGCUGUGCGACGUUAUUCCGGUCGUUUGAUAUUCGCGUGGAGCGAACAGGGCCCUUGGAAGUUCGUGAGGGAUGGCUCCGUAAACCUGUCAGUUUACAGGUCGGUAUAAGGCGCAGGUAUCUGGAGGCCUUAUCAAGUUAA